AUGGAGAAUUAUGCCAGGGCCUGGCUCUUGGCUCGCGCCAAGCCAAAACCGCCGUACCCAUGCUUCUUCCGUGCCGCUCCCGCGCUGCCGACGUAUCGCGGCUCGAGAGCAAAUGCUACCGUCACCUACAAACGUCCGCUGGGAGACAGGAGCACAGCGGCCCUGCUGGCCUGUGCCCGACGGCUGCGGCUGAUUGGAGAAUUGGGGGUCACUGCGGAUCAGGUCGACUGCCCAUCCUUGCAACAGGCCCGGGGAAAGGCCCCAACCAGGCGCGCAGCAUCCAGCCCACUCGCACCGCGCAGCUCAAUAGGUCGAAAGCGCAAGCCUAGCUGCAUCACGGACCUGGCGAUUCAUGCUUCGUGCUGCAAGCCCAUCUGUGCGCGGCUUCUUCUGGGACGUGCAUGGUCUGUGCACUGCUGCUUUGUGGUGUGCUGCAAAUUGCGUGGCGCCGCUGGACCGCUGGACCCUGUAGCCAGCCAGGAUCCACCUGCUGUUCUCUUGCUCACCGUGGAAGGCAAAUGUCAAUCUUCCUAUUGGGAUGCUACUUUUUGCGUUCGCUGGUCGACAAUGGUGGACAUGCGGCUUUGUAUUGGACAAGACAGAGGAAAAGGAAUCACAGAAAGGAGUUGCCCCCGUAGGGCCAGCAAGGCCAGCAAGGCCAGGCAACUGCAGUUAGUGCCGAGCGCCCAUGUCAUUUCGAGCCACGAAACGCGGAAUCUUCAAGCUCUCAAUCCGCGCCUGCACAUCGAUGCUGGAGCUAGGCCGCCGUUUUCAACGGCAUCAUGGCUUCCAUUCACCACAUCCAAGGCGCCCAAAGCCCAGCCAGUUGCUGGACCACGCCCCAGGAGAGACUUUCGCACCGUACGGAGCACACUUGGUCGGGCCGGAGGCUACGACCCCACGCUACCAGACCGGUCCAAGCCCCGACAGCUACUCCGAGAGUGGCUGGACGGCGACAAGACGCGGGUCGCCGUGCAAAGCUUUGCAGCUAGCUGUGAAGCUACCUGGCCGAAUGGAUCGCGGAUCGCCCACUGGCUUCGCCCACGGUACGCUACGGCGCUGUUGAUGUACUCGUACAUGAGCCGAAGGCGCACAGUACAGACUGGUGCUCCCAGGACAUUCGCGCUCGCCUUUGAGGAUCAGAAGGGGAGCCUCCAUCUAGUACACACUCGUCGUAGUGAUGGACUGGCAGAGCUAGGAGGCCGGAGGUUGGCGUGGGGUGCUCCAAGCCCGCUGUGCAUCAACCCUGGCUCUGCUCCCCGUCUUUGCUAGGCUGGUCGCCGCGACCCGGGCUUCUCAGGCCUUGUGGAUGCUUUUUUUAGAGGCUCGAUUCUGGUUCUACAAGCAUUAAUACGUGCGGUCUACAGUACAGUAUGAGGGGGUAGGGAGGAGCUUUCAAGUCUUGGCUUUGCUCG